AUGUCGAUCAAAAACGAGUCAAAAGUAGUAUCCAUGGGACCACCUCCACUUCCCCACCGAUCGACUAAUCAUCGUCAGAUCCAUGCUCUUCCUCCUAAACCCAUCUCUUUCAGCCCAUCUACGAUCAAUAUGAGCGAGUCUCCGAUCCACUCGUCUCGAAGAGUGUCCCCCAUGUCUACUUCGAAAGAGCCAAAAGGGAUAAAUUCCGUGGAAGAGAAAAGGAAGGACUACGAAGUGCAGAUCAAUCGAAAAUCUCACCAGCCACAAGCUGAAAAGCGACUUUGGGAUGACUUACAAGCCAAGGAUCUUGAUUCUCAGAAAAUGACGACUGAUCAACAUAAAGAAAAGAAUGAAAUGGUAUCAACAGGUGGUCAACACGAUCCCUCUUCUUAUCCCGACAUCCCUCCUCAUAAGAAACUUCGAGCAAAUUCCCCUUCAUCAUCAUCUACAAUCUCCACUCGUUCUCAUUUAGGUCCCAUAUUACCUCUACCACUCCCAAGUAAAAGAUACAAAGAUCCCACCGGUUCUCGUGCUCUUUUAUUACCAGUGGAUCAACUACCCGUUUAUCCUUUACCGCCAUUACCAAUCAUCACCAAUCCAAUUCUGGAGGAAACGGUGUUUACUCAUUGUAGUAUGUUCGAUAAAGCUAAAGGAAAGUUUGAAGAUUCGAAUGGACACUAUGAAAAGUUGGAACAUGUUGGAGAUUCGAUUUUGGGGAUGGUGGUGACUACUUGGUUACAUGAUUUGAAACCUGGUUUGACUUGUGGGACUGCGACGAAACUCAAAGCUCAUCUCGUUUCCAAUGCCACCCUAUCCCAUAUUUCAGGUCUAUACAACCUCCCAUCCAAAUUACGCGGUGACCCAAAUCAACUCCCCGUCCUCAGAGCUCAAACCGACGUCAGAGCAGCAAUGGUAGAAGCCUACAUCGCCGCUUUGUACUUCUCCGCACCACCCUCGCCCACGGCCAGAUCAAAAGCUCUCGAAGAAAUCUCCGCAUGGCUGAAAGAAAUGUACGAACCGUUAUAUGAUUUCUUCCUUCGUCAUAUGCUUGGACAAUAUGAGCGUCAUCAAGCUGUCAUCUUGUCUUCUGCUGAGAUGAAUGCGGAUGAAUUGCGUAGAGCGGACGAUGCGGCAAUAGGAAUGUCCGGUUUGUUGUUGGCUUAUGGGGCUAGACAGGGGAAGUUGGUAGAGUGGGAGGAAAAGAGGAGAGAGAGUCAUUUAGGGACUAUUUGGGAGGUUGGGUGCAAGGUUGAUGGAGAGAUGAUGGGGCAUGGGACGAGGAGCGGAAGGAAGUCAGCUAGGAAUGCCGCCGCUUGGGAGGGAGCCAAGAGGUUAGGUUUGUCAUCAUGUAGUGAGAGGCGUAUGUACUUGUGA